CAGUGUCCACCGUGUUAACCACAACCGUCGCAAGCGCAAGAGCUCCCAGCCAACCAGCCAAUCAGCCAGCCAGUGAGCCAACUAGUCCCAAGAGAACACAACUCAAGCCAUGAGCCAGAUCGGCGGAGUUGCCGCAGGGCCACGCAACUGGACUCUGCGCGGCGCUGUUCUGCUCCUGGCCCUGCAGCUACUCCAGACACCAAAUGCACUGCAGCACACCGAGGAGGGACUCGAGUUGCUCUUUCGCGAGCGCUCACAAUCCGAUUGGGAGAACGUGUGGCAUCAGGAAACGCAUUCCCGAUGCCGGGACAAGCUGGUCCGCCAGCUCUACUGGGCCUGCGAGAAGGACAUUUACAGACUAACCCGGCGCAACCGCAAGAGGGGCGGAAGUGAGGUCUGGACCAAGACCAGCUACAAUCCCGCUGCUGGUUCCGCUGCCUCCACCUGGCUGCAUGUGAACUAUGCCAACAUGUUGCUGCGCAGCAGACGCUCCGAUGCGCCCUCCAUUACCAACGAGUGCUGCACCAAGACCGGCUGCACCUGGGAGGAGUACGCCGAGUACUGCCCCUCCAACAAGCGCCGCAAUCACUACUGAGUCCCUUCAAUUGCCGUGGCUGUUCUCAUAAGCCCAUAAUAUUGCCUAUAUAAGUAUAUAC